AUGACCUACACGGCGGAGCAGCUGGACGGCGUGCGGCGGAUAAAGCGGUGUCGGAACUACUAUGAAAUUCUGGGGGUGGGGAGGGACGCCAGCGAGGAGGACCUGAAGAAAGCCUACCGCAAACUGGCCCUGAAAUUUCACCCUGACAAGAACCGCGCUCCCGGAGCGACGGAAGCUUUUAAAGCAAUAGGCAAUGCUUUUGCAGUUCUGAGCAACCCUGAAAAACGAUUACGAUACGAUGAAUUCGGAAGUGACCAAGAGCAUGUCAGCACUGGCCAGGCCAGGCACUAUAAUUACUACACAGAAUUUGAAGCAGACAUUACACCAGAAGAAAUAUUCAAUGUGUUUUUUGGUGGGCACUUUCCUACAGGAAAUAUCCAUAUGUUCUCAAAUGUAGCCAGAGAUGCACACUAUUAUCCACGGAGGCACCGAAAUGAAAGAGCAUGGACGCAGGAGCAAGAGGAGGAAGAAAACAGGCCACAGAAUUCAUAUUCUGCAUUUAUUCAGUUGAUGCCAGUUUUCAUUAUUAUAAUAGUGUCAGUUAUAACUCAACUGAUGGCCACAAACCCACCCUACAGCCUAUUCUACAAAUCGUCCAUAGGCCAUGUUAUUAGUAGAGAAACAGAGAACUUGCAGGUGCCUUACUAUGUUGAUAAAAACUUUGAAAAGAAUUAUCAAGGAGCAGAACUUAAAGAGCUAGAGAAAACGGUUGAAAAAGAUUACAUAGACUAUAUUCAGACCAGCUGCUGGAAGGAGAAACAGCAAAAGUCUGAUUUGUCAAAUUUGGCCAAGCUAUACAGAGAUGAGCGGUUAAAACAGAAAGCAGAAUCACUGAAACUUGAGCACUGUGAGAAGCUCUCCAGUCUGAUUGGAAUGCACAAAGGGGGCUGACCAGGACACACACGUUCUGUAGUUUUAUUUAUUGCUGUUUUAAGUUAUGUUUUUAUUUUCCUUUGUAUAAAAAGGGAAGGAGUCUAUUGUAAAGAGUCUGAAUAUUCGAGUCCUUCUGCAUAUAGUGCAGAGAUGGGCAAACACAAGCUGUAGAGCUAGUGUUUGCUGUAAUAUAUACUGUACACUGUAUUUGGUUCCAAGGACCAGUGGCACUUUGUAAAUUAAUUCCCUGGGAAACGCUGUUAGUUUGGAACCUGUCUUCAUCGGUAGUUUGUCUGCCAUCCAAACAGUAUCUGCUUCCCAGGAGAGCAGACAAAUGUCUUGGCUUUCUGUAUUUUAUAUGGACCUGCAAUUCACUCGAUCGCCCGAACAGCGUAGUUCUCAGUAUGAAGUGCGCUAGCCUUCUCGUACUGAUACCAAGUGGAUGUCCUUGCUUCUACAGCGGUUUGUAAUGAGAAUUUAGAGGGAAGGCGUCACGUUUCCUGUUCGAGUGUAAUAUGCAAUGCUUAAUUCAGAAGAGUCACGUACCUGCUUCAGGUGAGCACUUGAGCAGGCUCCCAGCCCUCCCUGCUGUCAAAGGGACGUAACCCCGUGCUUGUCUGACUGGAGGGCCGUGCCCGUUCUGUUCCGUGGUGAGGCGGCACGCCGAGAUGCCGUGCCCGUUCUGUUCCGUGGUGAGACGGCACGCCGAGAUGCCAACAGCAACAUCGAAGAAGAAGAUGGAAGUCUGUGAAUUGCGCCAAUUCCGAUGUCUGCCAAACUGUAGAGAAAGGACAACUGUAUUUAUUUUCUCAUAUGUUUUCAGUGGCAUAUUUUUAAGCUGGCUGUUUAAUUCUGAUUUUUAUCUGCAAACUCUUCUCCAGCUGUUACAGGGGUCCUGCUUUUUCUGGUACAGUUUUGAUGUAGCAUAUUUUUACUCUGUUGAGCAGUUAUGAAUGUUUCACUGUAGAGAGUAGUAUUGCAAAGAAAAAGAUCCAUGUAGUAGUGUCCUGUUUUUUCUUGAUCCUCCUUUACGAAACCAGGCAUUUAAAGGCAGGUUGAGGAUGGGUUAUACUCCUCAGCAGCAGAGAACAGUGUUACUCCAGCUGAGCAUCACUAACCUCCUGAGCCAGUUUCUCUGGUGGGGUGCGGCGGGCACGUACCGCACGUGGAAGGAACUGUCCUUACAAAGGACAUCUCCGAGCAGUACAGGCACUGGAGGUGCGGGCGUCUGCCCUCCCUCCCCGAUAUGUGGGCUCAGCGUAGCCACAGCAGAGGCAGCGCUCGCCUCUCUGACAUGGAAAUACAUGUCUAUUAAAACUGAACAAGUCUCCGUUGUUGCCCCCAUUCCCAAAACGCACUACGAGUAGCACAGGAUGCCACAGGUGGCCUUGGCUUAAACCUAGGAAGCAAAGUGCUCAAAAUUUUGAGAAAUGCCGGAAUUAAAAUUGCCUUUAAAGCUUAGACUUUGAGUCUCCGCGUGCCUGGGCGUUACGGUGCAGUCGCGUACUAGUGCUCUGCCCGUGCGCCGAGGGCGUCCCGUUGGCACGGUGCACGAGACGGCUGGUACUGAGAGCGGGGAACUGGGACCAUCGGUACCAGAAAGGGUCCCCUUGGUGUCCCUGUCCCGUCCCUUACGGCGGCGGGAGGUUGGGCAGCAGGCGAAGGAAGAGAAGCUCUUCUGGUGGUCUGCACCAGGGGCGGGGUGUUUGUCUUGGGGUGUGAGACUUGGUGCUUCUGCAGAUGAGACGUACACAUCCCGUCUAUGAUGAGACCAUUGCAACUACAGCAAUAUUGCUGCUAUGAAGUGGUGGUGUGUUAAAAAAAAAUUUAAAAAACUCAGCAUAAUGACUCCUUAAAAUAGCAUUUUCUUAUUACUGUUUGUUCCCGUUGGGAAACUUUGAGGGAGCCCUUGGGGAAGCUGAGCAGAGUUUGUCAGCCACUCGGGAUGGGAAGAGCGGCAGUAAAAAAGGCAUUUGGAGGGGGUUGUUGUGAAACAUGUUCAGUGUGUGAGAGUCUGUAAGGGCAAAAAUGUUGAUUAUUCUAGAUUGGUAAUGUGGCUGGCAGUAGGACAGGCAGCCUGAAUUCUGGUGUUUCCCAGUUUUGAGCACAUAACAUGAGUGUGUACCAAAAGCAAAAUUCUUUUAAUGUUGCUUUUUAUAUAUUAAAUAGUUUGUAGAAUAUA